AUGGCAGUACCAAAGGAAAAUAUUACAACAGCACAUCCACUAACUGCAGAGAUAACGACUAAAGAUGAAGAUGACAAAUCCCUUGAUUCCCUUCUAGAGCAAUUAGACGAAGAAGAAAGCGAGUUCUUGUCACAGUAUCGUGAUCAAAGGCUGGAAGAACUCAGUGAACACAUGAAAAAGAUAGAGAAAAACGUCGAAUCUGGAGACUACGGAUCCGUGCAGACAUUCCUAGACGAACAACGGUUGAUUCAAGUAACUGCAUCUGCAGAAAGAUGUGUAGUACAUUUUUUUGUAGAUUCAUUCCGAAAAUGUCAAGUUAUGGACAGUAAGCUACAAGUAAUGGCCGAAUCACAUUUGUCCACAAGAUUCUUCAGGAUAUCCGUCGCUGAUUGUCCAUUUUUGGUGGAAAAAUUAUCGUUAAAGGUACUGCCUGUUGUAAUUGCAUACCAAAAUGGAAAAGAGCAGGAUAGGCUGAUUGGAUUUGCAAAGCUCGGCAACAAUGCGAACGAUUUCUCUAUAGACCAUCUUGAAAAAUGGCUUCAAAGAUCUGGUGUAGUUCCAAUGAGAGACACAAAGUUGACAAUAAUAUCUAACAGAAGUAAACAAAUCCGAUCGAAAAACAAAACCAAUAGUGAUCAGGAAGACUCUGGUUCUGAUUGGGAUUAA